AUGAAACAUCGGUUUCCUUCGAGCUUGGAAGAUUUCAGGGACAGACGUCGUCCUGGACCAUCAACUCACGCUAUGCCCGAGCUGUCAUUCUCAUCGCACGGCCCAUUACCUAUAGCAUCCAGAAGUAUCAUGGAUACUGCACCACCACCACUUCCGCCGCCUGCUAGGAUCCAUGAUUUAGAGAUCGGGUACGAUGCGGGUUGGCAGCACGCAAAUUCGCAAUCUUCCGCUUCUCUCCCACCUAUCAACCCGGGUUCCAGCCUGCUCGGAGGCCACCGACGGUCCGAAGCAGCUUCUCAGGGCGAUCCAAUGCAGAUUGAUGAAAUUGAGGGACGCCAAAACGGCUUACCCGUGUCGCGAAGUCCCGAAACACAGAUUACCAUUGACCCACCACCCCCAGUCACCGAUGGAUUCCCAAAUUCGAUCCCAAAUCCUGCGGGCUCAAUUUUGAGUGGCGAGCGCGACUUUUCACUACGGAGCGUCAAAGACUCAUCAAACGCCUAUGAUCAACACCUUUUGUCAAAAAUCGGCAAGCCACAGAUUGCGAAACCUGUUUCCCCAAGAGGAUCUAUCAGUUUUGGUGCCGACAAUCGAAAUUCGCUUUCUGCUCUUGCUGUUCCAUCACAACGCCCUGGAACUUUACCUUCACCUGGGCCAUCGGAGGGACCAAAUCUCGACGUGAAGUGGUACAACAGUCCUCAGUCGGGAACCGUUUCGCCCAGAACCAGAGUUGGAUGGAGAGAUUUCGGUGAAGGCCGAAGCCCAAGCGUGGAGAGCAAUGCGCCAUCAUCGGCACUCGAUUACGACCAAGGAUUCUUGCGGGACGUCAGCCGGCGUCGUUGUCGUGGAACAACUCCCUCGCGAGAGGACAGUAUCAGUCUGCCGAGCCGAUCAAAUCGCGGAAGUUACGACCACGGUGUGUUCUCGGAUAUUGAGGGCGAGUUCUCGGCCGAUGAACCGGCGCCACCGCGACAGUUCAUCCUUCGAGAACCCACCCCGCCAUAUCAAGAAACACGGCAUGGUAUGAAGAGACGGGCAUCUUCGCCACCACGCGAGCCGAUAAACGAGGAUAGACACGUUUUGCAAGUGGCCACAAGCAACGGAGACCUGUCACAGCGAAGAUUGAGCGGCCAUUCGUUUACGAAUAAUCUUUCUGUCAACCCCAAUUACCCGGCAAGCCAACGAACAUUGUCUGCAGCGUCAUCCCUGAGCAUUCGUACCUCUGGAUCUUAUUCGUCUACAUUGUCUAUUGGAGGAAGCAGUAUGACGAGUCUCUCUCCCUACGACCGGCCGUCUCCGGGUGGUCUUUCGCCAAGCUCUGAUCUUGAUACUUUCCACGAAAAGUCCAUUCUCAACCCUAGCUCUCCCGGAGGACUAGUCCAACCCACCCUGGCAAGAGGGCUACCCGGCCCUGCGUCUCUAGAACCACCUGCAACAGAUGCUACUGGCAAGCUUUCCGUGCCAACCAUUGUGAGCAUACCAAAGCCUGCUGCGUCGAAAAUUGGUGGGCUAUUCAUAUGCGAUUGUUGUCCCAAGAAGCCUAAAAAGUUCGACAAUUCCGACGAUCUACGUUCGCACGAAAUGGAAAAGCAAUACGCAUGCGCCUACUGCAACAACCGGUUUAAGAACAAAAAUGAAGCCGAGCGACAUCAAAACUCUCUCCACCUUCGACGCCAUUCCUGGUCUUGUGCCGCGCUGGUGAAUUAUCAAUCCGCAUUUCAUGCGUCUGGCGCUCCGAGUUGCCAAUCUAGUGCCGGAUCAUCACACGACACAUGUGGCUAUUGCGGCGAAGAGUUCCCCAAUUUCCCUCAACCAGAUUGGGAUCGCCGAUUCGAUCACUUGACCACGGUGCAUAAAUUCGGCGAGUGCAAUAACGCUAAGAAAUUCUUCCGCGCCGACCAUUUCCGUCAGCAUCUCAAGCAUAGCCAUGCUGGUACCAGUGGAAAGUGGACAAACAUUCUGGAGAAUGCUUGUAUGAAAGAAGAACAGCCCCCCGAGCCACUGGAUAGAAGUGGCAAUGGCUCAGGCAAGUCUUUGACGUCGAAUGCUAUUUCUGAAGUCCUCAGUGAGCAAUAA